GUCGCUAUCCUAUAUCAAACCGAAAAAACAAUCCCGACCGAACCAUCCCUCUCGUCCCUGUCUUGAGUCCCCACCCAACCUGAACCCUAGCAGCGGCGGCGGAGUGCUGACUCGUAGCGGCGGUGGCGGCAUGAGCUGAGGGGCCAUGGACCAAGGGGUGGCUGCGGGUGGCGGCUCAGGCACGGCUGCGGGGCCCGGAGCAAGCACAGCGGCGGACGGCGACCCAGGCACAGGGGAGGGCAGCCAAGGCACAGCGGCGGGAGGUAACAGCGCGGCUGUGGAGAGCUCGUCGGUGAGCUCAGCUGCGGGCGCAGGCCAUGGCGCGGCUGCGUGCUCGGCUGCAUGGUUGAGCGUGGAUGCGGGCUUGGGCCACGGUGCGGCUGCAGGCUCGACUUCAGGUUCAGCGUCGUCGGCGUGUCUAGAAGGGAUGGAUCCAAAUUCAAGUUAUGUGCUGAAAAUUAGAUUGCUUGGCAACCCCAAAAAAAAGAACUAGAAAGGAGACCAGUGUUUUUAUUUUGAGAAGGUUAUUUAUUCUGACUUGACUGGUAGUUGUGAACUAGUACUGAUGUAUGUGGUGAAUGUGAACCUGGAUGUGAUGUACUCCCUCUGUUCCUAAAUAUAAGAUGUUUUGGU